AUGCAGACAUUUCCAAGCUCAGAAACCUUUCUACUAGCCUCGAACUCACCACCUCUGCUGCUUAAUCCCGGCGGCGAUGACGUGGACAUCGAUUUCAGGGAUGUCUUUGGUGGUCCGCCUAAACGACGUUCCAAAGUUAACGAACUCACUCGUCAUAGCUUCAGCGAUACAGCUCUCAGGCGGCUUGACGUCAACGUCGACAACAGCGCCCUGGUUCCGCGAGAUGACCUUUGGAAUGUAAGAAACGAGAAGCCUGUUUUCGGUGAAGACACAUCCGUCCGUCGCCGUUUCACGGCUGACGAUUUCUUCGACGAUAUUUUUGGAGCGAAUGAACCAUCAAAACACAUCCGUAGCCCGGCUCAGCCUCUCCCUCACGAAGCCGAAUCUCAUGCAAAACAAGUCAAAGCAACAGAGAUUCCCACGUUUGGUUCAGCUACUGCCUCGAGCUCUCCUUUGUCAAGAACUUCCGAUAUGGUGGGCUCUGCUGCUAAAUCAGGUUCAGAUGGUUAUGUUUCUCCACAAGUUGUUAAUGGGAAAGGCAGGCAGUUUCACUUCUCUAUCUACAAGUGGUCUAAUAAAGGAGUUCCUGUUGUCAUUUGGGGCAGUUCUAGAUUGAGCUUUAUGGCUAAAUCUGAGAAACAUACCGAGUUGUGA